AGUUUUUUUUGUAACAUGGAUAUAUUAUUUUCAGGUAGCCCCCCGAAGAACCAGAUGUUCCAGAAGAAGACCACUGUGAAGGAGCCGUGCAAGAUUUGUCAAGAGAAGCAACGGCGCAGCCUAAUGAAAUACAUCAGGACCAAGUCCCAAGACCAUUCUGGCAACAAGAUCAAGGAGGAAGAGGAGGAGGAGGAGUGUCAGGAGGAAGCGGGACAGAAAGAGCAGAGGAAUUCCUAAACUGCUGCAGAGAGAGUGAACAAGAACUGUUAUCAGCUUCUAAGACCACUUAUAUCCAGUUAGAUUCAGCCGCUGAACCUGGUGUAUUACUAGUUGCAAUAUGGUUAAUUAACAGUAUUAAACACCUUCAAGUGUGACAACGACGUUACACAAUGGAAAAUAUUUCAUUUGUUUCUUGUAUAAAUUUACUUACAUGUAGUAAUUUUUGAAAAUGUUAUCUUCAAGAGUUUCAGGCAAAAACUACAAUGUAAUGGGUUUCUAAAAUCUUGACAUAUACAAUAUAGACAUAAUAGACUUAGUUCAAAUUAGCAUUUUGUAACUGUUAUUUUAUUUCAAGAUCGAUUACAAGAACAAGUAUUGAUUAUAUAGCUGUAAAGUGCCUUGUUACAAAUAGACCAGUUGCAUUUAAGGGAAAAAACUCCAUAGAUAUGCAUUUAGCUAGAUAGUGUUCUAAAAGAUUAUUAUACCGAUACUACAAUUCUAUAUGAAUGUUUUUUUACCUUUAUAGAUAUAUUUUUUUAAAUAAAAAAAUACUAUAAAACAAGAUUUUUAGGAAUUCUUUAAGACUGAAAAAAUAAAACUUUGUACAUAGCUUGUAUAUAUUAUUUCGAAGAACGGUUAUGGGUUAUUUUACAUAAAAAGAGAGUGUUAUGACUGGAAAAAUUGAAUAGCUUGUAUAAUAUUUUUGUCAUGGUUAUUUUUAUUAAAUUUGUUAAUAAGCAUACAAUUGUAUUUCACCACUAAAGAAAAUAUAUUUUUAAUAAAGUUUAACACAGUUAGGAAAUGCGUAGCUAUCUUUGUUAAUAUUAGUUAUUUGACACAAAUGGGAAGAGUAAUAUUUAUUUUAUUAUAAGUUUAUUACUACUUAUCGCUUUAUUACACUAUAUGACAAUUAAAGUAGUAAAUGUUAAACAAAAGAACAGCAUCUAUCAUUCGUUAAUUUUGUUGCAAAUAAAAAUUGACAUGAACAUGUGAGGCAGACUUUCUUCCUCAUAAAAUGUAUAUAAAUAAUUUACAAAGUGAAUGAACUGAUGAAACAAAUAUUUAAGUGGAGAAAAAAAAACACAACUCGCUCACUAGUCAAACCUUAGAUUCAUUAAUGGAGCUUUAUUAUAAACACAAGAAAAUACUGAAAAAAAAAAACAGUAAUAUUAAUCUUGUCAAACAUUAACAACAAACAAUAAACAUUAUUCAAGUAUAAGAGUUCAGAUGUAAUAAACUCGUAAACUAGUCGUUAACUGAUUGUUUAUAAUUUUUUGCUUUAGGUAAUAAGUAUGUUUGAAUGCUUUGUUAACUUUUAUAUUAUGUAAAGAUCAUGUAUUUAAAGUAAACAUAUGUUUUUAAAUCUAUAA